AAAGCAUUGCCACACAGAAUGAAUUGGGGAGGCCUAACUUCAGUGGGGCACCAAAAGUGUAACUUCAGUGGAAAAACUGGACAAAUAUCUGCAUAUCACUCUGCAAAAGUAAAUGGUAUUUUACAUACAGAACACCUGGGACACGCUGUGGGUAUUGGUGCUCCUUAACAAUCAUCUGUUUUCAUUUGUGUCUCUCCAUUUCCAGAGCUCCCAACACAGUGGCUCCUCUACCUCAUUAGCAUCCACCAAAGUUUGCAGCUCUAUGGAUGAAAAUGAUGGACCUGCAGAAGAAGUGUUGGAGGAAGGUUUCCAGGUUCCAGCAUCGAUAGCAGAACGAUAUAAAGUUGGAAGGACUAUAGGAGAUGGAAAUUUUGCUAUUGUGAAGGAGUGUAUAGAAAGAUCAACUGGUAGAGAGUACGCUCUGAAAAUAAUCAAAAAAAGUAAAUGUAGAGGAAAAGAGCACAUGAUCCAGAAUGAGGUGUCCAUUUUAAGACGAGUCAAGCAUCCCAAUAUUGUACUUCUGAUUGAGGAGAUGGACAUGCCAACUGAGUUAUACCUUGUCAUGGAACUUGUAAAGGGAGGAGAUCUUUUUGAUGCUAUUACUUCAACCAACAAAUACACAGAGCGGGAUGCCAGCGGCAUGCUUUACAAUCUGGCCAGUGCCAUCAAAUAUCUUCACAGCCUGAACAUCGUUCACAGGGAUAUCAAGCCGGAGAACCUCUUGGUAUAUGAACACCAAGAUGGAAGCAAGUCCCUGAAGUUAGGGGACUUUGGCCUAGCAACCAUUGUGGAUGGACCUCUAUACACUGUCUGUGGGACCCCAACAUAUGUAGCUCCAGAAAUCAUUGCUGAAACUGGGUAUGGCUUGAAGGUGGACAUCUGGGCAGCGGGCGUGAUUACUUACAUCCUGCUCUGUGGUUUUCCUCCAUUCCGUGGAAGUGGAGAUGACCAAGAAGUACUUUUUGAUCAGAUUUUGAUGGGACAGGUGGAUUUUCCGUCUCCAUAUUGGGACAAUGUUUCUGACUCUGCAAAGGAGCUUAUCACAAUGAUGCUUCAAGUAGAUGUAGAUCUGCGAUUCUCAGCCUUGCAAGUUCUUGAACAUCCAUGGGUUAAUGAUGAUGGCCUUCCAGAGAACGAACAUCAGCUAUCAGUAGCUGGGAAGAUAAAGAAGCAUUUCAACACAGGCCCUAAACCGAACAGCACAGCAGCUGGAGUUUCUGUCAUAGCACUGGACCACGGGUUUACCAUCAAGAGAUCAGGGUCUUUGGACUACUACCAACAACCAGGAAUGUAUUGGAUAAGGUAUGCGCUGGUGCAGCUCCCACAGUCAGUGUUUCCAUGGCAACGUGCUGGCAGUCUCCAUUCACCAGUUCCUCCAGUGGAUAAACAUGCUUUUUGAUUUGUUCUCCGGUCC